UUUCUUUUGGAGAAAUCGAAGUGUUGACCAAUAGAAGACGCCAAAUUACAGUGAAGGUUUGAAGGAAAUCUUUCCCUUGAAGUUCCAAAUGCAUGGAUUUGGUAGGCAAGCAGAGCUGAGGAUACCAUAUACAUCGAUCAGAUUUUUCGCUGAUGUAAGGAUGUGUGCAGGUCCUUACAGAGACUCUUAUAAUUAUACGCACUUGUUACAAAAAUGUAAAGGCACCAAAUGCGUUCAAAAAGUGCAUUCUCAGAUCAUCACUGGAGGAUAUGAGCAGAACCCAUUUGUUACUUCAAAGUUAGUUGGCAAAUAUUGUGAGAGCUCAAACAUGGGAUAUGCAAGGAAGGUGUUUGAUAGUUUGUUUGAAAGAGAUAUUUUCUUGUGGAAUUUGAUUAUUCAAGGUUAUGCAAAUUUGGGUCCUCGCACAGAAGCAGUGAGUAUAUAUUCUGAAAUGCGUUUGAGUGGUAUUUGUGCCAACCGGUACACGUACCCGUUUGUGCUGAAGGCUUGUGGGGUUUCACGGGAAAGAAAGAAUGGUCAGGUGAUUCAUGGGCAUGCAGUGAAAUCUGGGCUUGACACAGAUUUGUUUGUUGGGAAUGCCCUUGUAGCAUUUUAUGCCAAGUGUCAGGAAGUCGAUUUGUCUAGAAAAGUGUUUGAUGAAAUUCCAAAGAGAGAUCUUGUUAGUUGGAAUUCAAUGAUUUCCGGUUAUACUGUAAACGGCUAUGUAGAUGCUGCUCUGACAUUAUUCCGGGCUAUGCUGCGAGAUCAGGUAACCAGUGCACCUGAUAAUGCCACUCUCGUUGCCAUUCUUCCCGCUUGUGCCCAAGCAGCAGCUAUACAAUUAGGUUUCUGGAUUCAUUCUUACAUUAUAAAGACAAGCAUGGAAAUUAAUGCUGCACUAGGCAGUGGCCUUAUAUCCAUGUAUGCAAAUUGUGGCCGAGUCAACAUUGCCAGAGAUGUUUUUGAUGGAGUCUCUGAUAAGAACAUUGUGGUAUGGAAUGCAAUUAUAAGAUGUUAUGGUAUGCAUGGUUAUGCAGACGAGGCACUCCAAAUGUUCUCGCAAUUAAUAGAGAAUGGUAUACAACCAGAUGGUGUUAUAUUUUUGUGUCUGUUGUCUGCAUGUAGUCAUGCAGGCCUGGUUGAAAAGGGGAGAGAACUGUUUGCAAGAAUGGGAGAUUAUGCAGUUGAUAAAAACGAGGAGCAUUAUGCUUGCAUGGUAGAUAUCCUCGGCCGAGCUGGAUAUCUUGACGAAGCAGUUGCAAUUAUCAGAACAAUGCCUGUGAAGCCAAGCAAAAAUGUUUAUGGUGCCUUGCUUGGUGCUUGUAGAAUACACAACAACAUAGAACUCGCUGAAGAAGCUGCAGAGAGACUAUUUGUUUUGGACCCUGAUAAUGCUGGACGGUACAUAAUCCUGGCCAAGAUGUAUGAAGAUGCAGAGAGGUGGGAGGAUUCAGCCAGGGUGAGGAAGUUGCUUAGAGAAAGGAAAAUUAAGAAGCCAAUUGGCUGUAGUUCAAUUGAAGUAGAUUGUGCUCACCACUCAUUUGGAGUUGAAGAUGAGUCUCAUCCAUACAAGGAGCAGAUCUAUGAUGCAUUGGAGAGAUUGGAUAGGAUAAUGGAGGACGAGUUGAUGCAGAUGUGAUCAUUCGCAAGGGUGCCUUUGAUGCUCAAAUAGAAUGGGAGAAAUCAAAAAGGAAAUAGUACUUAAAAAACACAAUCAUAGGUUAACAAGCCACUGGUUGCAGGCAAGAAGAUCCAAAGAACGGGGACGUAGCUGCAGAUUGAAGCAAGCAAUUAAUAAGUCAAGCCCAAGUCACACCCAUUUUGCUGUAAGUUUGUCUGCUAUUUUUUGCAAUCGCCUAUUAUAAUGCCAACUGCACAAGCAUAAACAAAUAAGUCUAGCAUGUGUACGGUGUUUAUCUCAAAUCGAAUUCAAAUAUUAAAUCAAAUCAAAUUAGAAUUAAUACA